CAAAGCGUGUCAGCAGCGGUCGGCGCACCACAACGACCAGCCAACAUGGCGAUUCAGAAGAAACACGGCAAAGGCCGUCUUGAUAAGUGGUACAAACUUGCGAAGGAGAAAGGAUACCGAGCCAGAGCCAGCUUCAAACUCAUACAACUUAACAAGAAGUAUCACUUCUUGGAGAAGAGCAAAGUCCUGAUUGAUCUUUGCGCCGCUCCUGGAUCAUGGUGUCAAGUUGCAGCGGAGGUCAUGCCUCCCAAUUCUCUCAUCAUUGGUGUUGAUUUAGCGCCUAUCAAGCCUAUUCCGCGAACGAUCACCUUUCAAGCCGAUAUAACAACAGACAAGUGUCGCACGACUCUACGACAACAUUUGAAGACGUGGAAGGCCGACACAGUGCUCCACGAUGGUGCACCAAAUGUCGGAACGGCCUGGGUACAAGAUGCAUACUCACAGGCAGAACUUGUGCUCCAGUCGCUGAAAUUGGCGACCGAGUUCUUGAUUGAGGGAGGAACAUUCGUCACAAAAGUAUUUAGAUCGAAGGAUUACAAUCCACUUCUCUGGGUUUUCAACCAAUUGUUCACACGGGUCGAAGCAACAAAGCCUCCAUCUUCACGAAAUGUCUCUGCCGAAAUUUUUGUCGUGUGUAGAGGGUACAAAGCGCCAAAAAAGAUUGAUCCUAAAUUCCUCGACCCACGUUCUGUCUUCGCGGAAUUGGCAGAACCGGCACCAAACAAUGAAGCGAAAGUAUUCAACCCAGAGAAAAAGAAGAGAAAGAGGCAAGGCUACGAAGAGGGCGACUGGACUCAAUUUAAGGAGGUUCCUGCAAGCGAAUUCAUUCAGACGACCGACCCAAUCGACAUGUUGGGCACGGUGAACAAACUCAGCUUCGAACAACAGGGCAACGGUGAUCUUGCGCUAGCGACGCUCUCUCGAUUGCCACAGACAACACCCGAGAUUAAAGAGUGUUGUGCAGAUUUGAAAGUUCUAGGAAGAAAGGAAUUCAGGAUGCUACUGAAGUGGCGUCUGCAAGUUCGGGAAAUCUUUGGUUUGUCGCAGAAGAAGGAAGCACACAAAAAACCCGAAUUGAGGGAGCAGAAAAAAGACGAUGAGGAAGAGGAGGUGGCAGAGGUGGAGUCCAUGGAUGAAGAAUUGAAGAUCCAGGAAGACCUUCAGCGCAUACAGGAAAAGGAAAGCAGGGCUAAGCGCAAGGAACGGAAGAAAAAUAAUGAACGAAAGCAAAAGGAGCUUGUUAGGAUGCAAAUGGGUAUGGAGGCACCUAUGGACAUCGGCCUUGAAGCGAGCGGACCACAAGGCGAAGAUGCUUUGUUCGCUUUAAAAACUGUUGAGAAAGCAGGGGUAACGGCGCAGCUUGCAAAAGGAAAAAUGUAUACAGUCGUACACGACGAGAAGCCUGAGGAAAAGGAGGAGAUUGAGAUCGGUAGCGACGAGGACGGAGAUGACCUUGAACGCCAGCUCGACGCUAUGUACGAAGAGUAUGUGGAGCGUAAAGCUGCACGAGAUGCAAAGUACCGUGCUAAGCGGGCGCGUACAGAGCAUGAGGAUGGAGAGUGGUAUGGGUUUGAAGAGAACCAGGAUGAUGAAAGCAGUGACGACGACGUUGUUGAGGACGAGGAUAGUGACGUUUCUUCGGAUGAGGAUGAAGGGCCAUCGAAGCCUUUGAUCUCGAAGCUCGAAUCGGAAUCAAGCAGCAACGGCGCUUUGACCAGAAGGGCACAAAUGUUCUUCGACCAGGAAAUCUUCAAGAAUAUCGACGGUCUCGAUGUUCCCGAAGAGGACGAUGAUAGUGGUAUUGAGCUGCAAGAUGAUUCGGACGAGCUGAAGGAUGGUGCGGCAGUGAAUGAAAAAGUGGAGAAAGAAUCGGAUGGAGACGAGAGCGAAGACGAGAUGGAAGCGGAAUCGGAUUCUGAUUUCGAAGUCGUCCCUAAUGCUCCUCCUGAAGAAGCCGACUCCGAUGACGAUUGGGAUGAUGAGCCACGAUCCAAGACUAAGGCCUCCGACAAACCCAACAUCGAUAUCAUCACUGCUGAAGCCAUGACCCUUGCUCAUAACCUCGCGACAAAGAAAGUAAGCAAGCAUGAUCUCCUUGAUGAUGGCUUCAACAAGUAUUCGCACCGAGAUGUCGAUGGCCUCCCAGAAUGGUUCCUAGACGACGAGGCCAAGCACUCCAAAAUUCAGAAACCUAUCACCAAAGAGGCUGCCGAAGCCAUCAAAGCUAAGCUCCGCGCCCUGAACGCGCGUCCGAUUAAGAAAGUCGCUGAGGCCAAGGCGCGAAAGAAGUUGAAAGCCGCACAGCGACUUGAAAAGUUACGAAAGAAGAGCAGUCUACUUAUGGAGGACGAGGCCCUGAGUGAAGGAGAUAAAGCAAGAACUGUGCAAAAGAUGCUAGCCAAGGCCGCAAGAGCCGGGAAGAAACCAAAGAGAAAGGUCAGUGUGGUUGUGGCUGGAGGCCAUAACAAGGGCAUUAAGGGACGGCCGAGGGGCACCAAGGGGAAGUAUAAGAUGGUCGAUGCCAGGCUGAAAAAGGACGUAAGAGCGCAAAAGAGGCUGAAAAAGAUGAAACGAUAGAUAAAUUUGACAUUGAAUUAACUGGAUUUUGGAUUGAUCGCUGGGACCCCAUUAGAACUGAUACUUCGCUCACGCAAGAGAUGCUUUCCAGCCCAGAGGCUUCAUUUUGCGAGCUUGUCGAGGUUACGAUAGGAGACGACAUGUUUCUCACUGUGGCUUCCAGUUCGUACCGCUCGUAACUCGCAAAAUAUUUGGAAGGACAUUCCGGACCACCGUGAAUAUGAAAGUACGGUAGACAGAGAUUCUCACUUCGUUAUGCAUAGUUCACUCUCUCUUAAUGUUUAGGAUUGUCU